AUGAUAAGGUUUAUUCUAGUCCAGAACAGACAGGGCAAAACUCGUCUUUCAAAAUGGUAUGUGCCCUACGAAGACGAGGAAAAGAUAAAGUUAAAAGGUGAAGUGCAUCGCUUGGUUGCACCGAGAGAUCAGAAGCAUCAGUCAAACUUUGUCGAGUUUCGUAACCACAAAAUAGUAUAUCGUCGGUACGCUGGUCUGUUCUUUUGUGUGUGUGUCGAUGCAAAUGAUAACGAAUUGGCGUAUUUGGAAGCAAUACAUUUCUUUGUCGAAGUGCUCGAUGCAUUCUUUGGAAAUGUGUGUGAAUUGGAUUUGGUUUUUAAUUUUUACAAGGUGUAUGCUAUUUUAGACGAAGUAUUCUUGGCGGGUGAGAUUGAAGAGACGAGUAAGAAUCUCGUCUUGACAAGAUUGGAUCAUCUGGACAAGCUAGAAUAG